ACAAAGUAAAAUAUAAUAUUUCUAAUAGUAAUGGUAAUACUAACAAGGAUAAAUCAUAAUAAUAAUUGUGAUAAAGUUUGGAUCUUUUGGGGUUUCCUCGUUGCAGUGAAACAUGGGGGACUCAACUUGUCUCAUGCAACAACCAUUCUGUUAUGCUUCAGGGAUUUCCAAUGAAGCCAGUGAGAACAACCCAAUUCAUGCACUUGAGCAGUCAAUUUCGUUUGGGAGAUUCAUGUCAGAGUCCCUGGCAUGGGAGAAGUGGUCCAGCUUCUCCCACAACCGCUAUGUCGAAGAGGCAGAGAGGUACUCAAGACCUGGUUCAGUGGCACAGAAGAAGGCUUUCUUUGAAGCUCACUACAAGAAACUUGCUGCUCAGAAGGCAGCUGCAUUGCUUGAACAAGCAAACAAUGAGGCACAAAACAAUUCCACUGGACAAGAAGAUGAGGGAGUGAUUGACAAUGACAAUGACACUCAUAAUUUACAAAUAAGUCCAAAUUCUGAAAUGGUUGUCAAGGAAGAACAAGAUGCAAAGGUAUUGAGUGUUACCUCUGAUGAGCAUGAUGUCUUGGUCAGACUCACAGCCAGUGAGCAUGAUUCAAACUCACGUGUAGAGGCAAGUGUUACACCUGAAAGUAACAAGGUAGAGGGAGCUGAGGCAGUAAUGGAAGAAGUAGCAGUUGUGGGAAGUUCAAUGAAGGUUGAAUUGCAAAGCCACCUUGAAGAUGUUGGUGCACAGAAGGAGGAAAGUGAAAAGCUUAGUGCAAUUGUAACACCUCCAAUUUUGACACCAAUAGUGAAGGUCUCCAAAUCUGAUCAGGAAGUUUUGGCUAGUGUGGGCAAGAAGAAACCACCAGUUUCUUCCUUUAAGUUGUCAAAGGCUAAUGGAACCUCCUACUUAACCUCUACACCUGUUAAGUCCACUGCUGCUAUUUCUUUCAAAAGAGAUAACAUUGCUACACCAAUGAGCAAUAAACCUGCUAAUGAAACCUCCAAGUUCACUACUACACCUGUUAAGUCCACAGCUGCUAUUUCUUUCAAAAGGGAUAAUAUUGUUACACCAAUGAGCAAUACCCCUGCUAAUGGAACCUCCGUGUUCACCACUACACCUGUUAAGUCCACAGCUGCUAUUACUUUCAAAAGGGAUAAUAUUGUUACACCAAUGAGCAAUAAACCUGCUAAUGGAACCUCCAAGUUCACCACUACACCUGUUAAGUCCACAGCUGCUAUUUCUUUCAAAAGGGAUAAUAUUGUUACACCAAUGAGCAAUAAACCUGCUAAUGGAACCUCCAAGUUCACCACUACACCUGUUAAGUCCACAGCUGCUAUUUCUUUCAAAAGGGAUAAUAUUGUUACACCAAUGAGUAAUAAACCUGCUAAUGGAACCUCCAAGUUCACCACUACACCUGUUAAGUCCACAGCUGCUAUUUCUUUCAAAAGGGAUAAUAUUGUUACACCAAUGAGCAAUAAACCUGCUAAUGGAACCUCCAAGUUCACCACUACACCUGUUAAGUCCACAGCUGCUAUUUCUUUCAAAAGGAAUAAUAUUGUUACACCAAUGAGCAAUAAGCCUGCUACAUUAAGCACUGCAGAUAAAAAGAGAUCUACUCCUAGAUCAGUUAAUUUUACACCCAUUAGAGAACUUAACAGAUUGACUGCUUCAGUCAUGAGGAAAUUUGAAAGUACAAGAGCUGGUGCUGGUUCUUCCAAGGCUUCAAAGGAUAACUCGACUACACUAAGAACUCCAACUAUGGCUUCCAAGGAGAUGCAAAAGCAAUCUUCAUUGACCCCAUUAACUGAAAAGAAAAGGAACAAAACACCUCUUGAUUUGUCAUCAGCACCAGGGAACCAUACGGGUGGUUCUAAAUGGCGCUUGCUUUCUGGAGAAAAUAGAAUGAGAUCCCCACUUAUAUCAUCCCCUUUCAGCUUGAGGACAGAAGAAAGGGCUACAAGAAGAAAGAAGAAACUCGAAGAAAAGUUCAAUGCUAAUGAAGCGCAAAAAGAGCAGCUGCAUACGAAACUCAAGGAGAAAACAGAGACUGAGAUUAUUAGAAAACUACGCCAAAGCUUUUGCUUCAAAGCCAGGCCACUACCUGAUUUUUACAAGGAAAGGAAAACGUCAACGAAUGAGACAAAAAAGGAUCCACUGACACAUUUUGGAACACCGAAAGAUGGAAGGAAAUCCACCCCAAGUAUGGCAGAGAGCAAGACUUCUUUUCCUCCCAACAGACCUGUACUGAAAAACAGUGGCACCAAGCACUUCCUAGGAAAGAGUGGUCGCACCUUGUCUCACCCUCUAACUUCAACUUCCAUGAUUAUUCCAACUCAUGAGAAUACAUCACCAAAUAUUCAGAAUGGAUACCAGACUGGUAGAAACUUAAAAUAUUAACCAUGUUGAGAGCAAAGCAUCACUUGACAAACUUGUAAAUGAUGUAGCUUCAUGGAGAUGGGGUUGUAUUGUAUCACACUAGUUAGACCCAAUGUUCAUAAGUAUGACCCUUGUUGUAUUCUAGGUAUAUAGCAACAUUGGUCAGAGUGGCCCUUCUGACAUGUUAUUCCUUUUUCUAUUUCCACCCUCACCAUCUCUAUUUUUGUUCAAAUAUCUUUCCCAUGUAUAACCAUUGGUUGAGCUAUUCGUUAUUUAAAUGAAUUAGAAUUUUUGUAGAA